GGAGCUCCCCUGAGUGGCUGUGAGCAGCCCAUUGCCUGGGCUUGGUCUCCGCCCUCCCCCGCGCUAGCUCUCUCAGCUGGUCCUAGCGUUCCAGUUGCUCAGAAAUGUGGCGAGCCGGGUUCCGGCUGUUAGCAGGAGCCGGAGGGAGGAAGGGAAGCUGAGCGCAUGCUGCCGCCUCUGCUCUGCCUGAUCUUCCCCUUUUGAAUCAGUCUUUUUCUUUAAAUGAAAAAUACAAACCCUACCGAGAUCUGGUUCCCAGCCACCACCGGAAAAUGUUCGGCCAAGUGCCCGGUGCUGGUGAAUAACUAACCCCGGACUAAAACUUCCCUGCAAGUGGGAUUACAGGUGCUACGCUACCGCAGGGAGCUCUCCAGGGUGCUGAAAUCCCGGCAGUUUCUCCAACAGCUCCCAAGACUGACCAAAUUUCCUUGGCACUCUUUCUGGAUCCUCCAUGAUUCGGAAACGUCUGCUCUGGAGGUUGUGAAUGCCUCGUAGUAACAUGGCCAAGGUUACAUACCUUCGUGCAGCUGUUUCGGGAUUUUAUCUCUGGGAAGCUGCAGUUCUGCUCAGUUUGGUAGUCACAAAGGAAACAGACAGUGCAAGAUCUCGUAGCAUGCCAAUGUCGCCAUCUGAUUUCCUGGAUAAAUUAAUGGGUAGGAUGUCAGGCUAUGAUGCAAGAAUCAGACCAAAUUUCAAAGGCCCUCCAGUUAAUGUCACAUGUAACAUAUUUAUAAACAGCUUUGGAUCCAUUGCAGAGACAACUAUGGAUUACCGAGUGAAUAUCUUUCUCCGUCAGAAUUGGAAUGAUCCACGCCUUGCAUAUAGCGAAUAUCCAGAUGACUCUUUGGAUUUAGAUCCAUCCAUGUUAGAUUCUAUUUGGAAACCUGAUUUGUUCUUUGCUAAUGAAAAAGGUGCCAACUUUCAUGAAGUUACGACAGACAACAAGUUGUUACGAAUUUUCAAAAAUGGAAAUGUUCUUUAUUCUAUCAGAUUGACUUUAAUACUGUCCUGUCCAAUGGAUCUCAAAAACUUCCCAAUGGAUGUGCAAACAUGUAUAAUGCAGCUGGAAAGUUUUGGAUAUACAAUGAACGAUCUCAUUUUUGAAUGGCAAGAAAAGGGAGCUGUACAGGUAGCAGAAGGGCUCACUCUGCCACAGUUUCUGUUGAAAGAAGAGAAAGAUUUAUGUUAUUGCACCAAACAUUACAAUACAGGAAAGUUUACAUGCAUUGAAGUUCGAUUCCACCUUGAAAGACAAAUGGGUUAUUAUCUCAUUCAAAUGUACAUACCGAGUCUCCUGAUUGUCAUUCUCUCCUGGGUGUCGUUUUGGAUCAAUAUGGAUGCAGCACCAGCCAGAGUGGCUUUAGGUAUAACAACUGUGCUGACCAUGACAACACAAAGCUCAGGUUCACGAGCAUCACUUCCAAAGGUUUCAUAUGUCAAAGCUAUCGACAUUUGGAUGGCAGUAUGCCUGCUCUUUGUAUUUUCUGCACUUCUGGAGUAUGCAGCUGUAAAUUUUGUGUCAAGACAGCAUAAAGAGCUUCUGAGAUUCCGCCGGAAGAGGAGGAAGAACAAGGACGAUGAGGUAAGGGAAAGUCGAUUCAGUUUUACAGCCUAUGGAAUGGGACCAUGUCUACAAGCAAAAGACAGAGUUACUCCAAAGGGGCCAAAUAAUCCCAUCCAAGCUGCACCAAAAAGCUUCGAUGAAAUGAGGAAGGUAUUCAUUGACCGAGCCAAGAAAAUUGAUACCAUUUCCAGAGCUUGCUUCCCAUUAGCCUUUCUGAUUUUCAACAUUUUUUAUUGGGUUAUCUAUAAAAUCGUUAGGCAUGAGGACAUUCACUAACAACAAGAUUAAGGCUUGUAGUACAAACUAUUGGGGUUUGCAUGUUCAGCAAGAGGUUUUCCAUUACAAAUGUGCAUACAGAUUACUGAGAUAGUUAAAAGGCACAAAGAAAAAGAUCCCAUUUGACUUGCUAUGCAGAGUCACUACUGGAUAGAUGAAGAAUGACACCCAGUGAAGAUAUAUCUGCUAUUACCAAGUUUGUACUUCAUACUAACUAAACAAUCAACUUUUUCAUAGUAAAAAUCACAACACUAUACUACUGCUUUACUGUCAACCUGUUUAUACAUACUUUUACAUUGUGGUACAAUUGUACAGUAUUCUUUAAAGUUCCUUACAAUUUUUUAAUUCAACUAUAUUUUUAAAAAAAUAUUACAAAAUGGGUCUAAUGUCUUAGAUGACUACCAGAGUAACAGAUUAAAGGAUGGUCAGAAAUUUGAAUAUAAAGUUUACAAAAUUAGUAAUGAAUUACUGAUUUGAGUUUUAGAGCUCAAACACAUUUUCUUGUUUUAAUGACAAUGGGUUUUAUCAUGAGCACAGGACACAUUAUAUUAUAGGGUUCUUUUUAAAAAAAAAAGAAAAAAACAAAUUUACUCAUACAAGGCACUUCAUAAAUUGAUUAUGGUUCCCCUGGAGCUUAAAAAACAUGGCAAUGCAAUGCGCAAAGUAGCACCAAAUAUCUAUUGCCCAGUCUGAAGCGACCCACUGGUCAAACUUUCUGGUACUGUGCAUAUCACAAUGGGAACAAGGUACUGUUUUUAAAGGAUUGUUGCCCUUAUGUACUUUUAAUUACUCAAUCACCCUUGGGUAAAUUGAAAGAGAAAAUUAAAAAAAAAAACCAAAAGGAUUAAAAGAUAUUUCUCAUAUCAGGAAAAUGUUCAGAAACUACAGUAUUUGCGGAGACAAGCCAGAUAAAUAAAAAUGACAUCAAAAUAAGUUUGUGAAAAGUGACAUUAAAAACAAAACAAAAGGGAUAAGUUACUUAGACUAUACCUAUGAUAAAAGUAACUUUUAUGAACUUUUUUGAAGCUGACUAUGGCAACAUUUCUGCACAGAUACUUCCAUUAUCAUCAGUGAAAGUUUGAUAUACAAGUACCUAAAGAUAACCAGGUCAGUCUUUUCUUAAUUUGAAUGAUUUGUUCAAUGAGAAGAUUCUGACAUGACUUCUUAGACACUGGCAGAAAAUAGUCUGUAUCUUAGAAAACACUAAGCAGUUCUUCUAAAAAUAUAUCAGGACAAUCUUUUAUUUUUACUGCACAUCAUGGUAAAAGAUAGGAUAAGAAAUUGAAACUGUUGGAGCAAAUUUUCACUACUUAGAAUUAGAUAGAUUACAUUAAUGGUUUCUUUCAAAUUAUUACAGAAUAGAUCUUAUAUCAUUUAAAAAAAAUAGACUUCCAGUAAAUAAUGUUGCCACUUCUCUAAUGAAAAGCAAAAAAAAAAAAAGUUCUAAAAUGUGGAAACCUAUAGACAGCUACAGGCAAGAGCAUACCUGAUGCUUUGAACUUGUAAUGGAAUCCAAUAGCUAAGACAAAUUAUUUAAAAGUUUGUUUUGAGCACAUUUAAAAUUUUCAGUUUGUUACAGCUCAAAGUGCAUACACAAAAGCAAAACAACUGGAGGCAAACAUCUGCUGCAUUACUAGAGGCAUAUUGCAUAUGAACUAGUCAUAGCAACAUAUCCUUGCAUGGAAGAUUAGAACACAACAUUGGUUUUGUUUGAGGAUUAGCUAGGGGGAUUUUUAAAAGAAUGGCAAUCUGGUUGUGCUAAAUUGUCUCAAAACAAUUGCAUAACCCUUUUUAAUUUUGAAUAUGGUCCUAUUUAGGUUUUCUCCCUCCCACCCCCAUUAAUGCAUAAAAUAGAUUUAGAGCAAUUGUUUUGGGAUAAGUGUUAUAAUUUUCACAAAUAUAUUUAUGUAUCCUGUCCAGAAAAACUGAACUCAUUAAUUCUCAUGUGUGCCUGUGUGUGUGUAUUAUAUACACAAGAGUGAGAAGCUGGCCAAGUGGCUUUUGUCUCCUGUAAACUAUUAAAUACUAUAAUCUCUGGAAAGAUUUGUUGGUGCGUUUCUGUGCCCAUUGUAUUCAGUGGUAAAGUGUCCCAUUUAUUUCAAGAGUAGGAUUGGGCCCAUUAUCAUGAGGCAUUCAUAAAAUGUUAUACAAAUCUCCAUGCUUGUCUUUUGUUCUUUUCUCUUUCCUAUUUAAAACAAUGAUCUUCCCCUCCAACACCAAUAAAAGAAAUCUGGAUGAAUCAGUAUAUAAAGUGUACUGGGCCAGAUCCUGAGCUGGAAUAAAUACAGUCCCUAGAACUACACCAGUUUACACCAGCUGAGGAACUCCCAGACUUUCCAAAGUCCAAUAGGCUGAAUAUUAUGCAUACACAAGCUGGUUUUGAAAACACUUGAACAGAACUGAAUAACACAAUUACAAAGUUAAACAUUCAAUAGUGGGAGAAUACUAAGAUUUAGAAAAGAUUAUCAGAUGGAAAAAAAAAAGACAAAAAGUCUUGAGAGCAAGAUAGAAAAUGGAAUAGGCACUAACAGUGACUAAAUUGUGUGGCGGGACAGAGAAAAGUAGAGAAGAGCCAGAUAAGAUCAAUAAUUAUCAAUGAAUGCCCUCCUCCCCCCUUGAGUGACAGAAGGGGAAAGGGGAGAGGAAUGAGUGUAGCAUACUAUUUCUGCAACUACUGUAUGGUAAUCAAAUUAGCAACUACAGUAUAUACAUUGUAAACCCAUAAACCUUCCAUAUGAUUGCUUUUCAGACAUCCCUAAUGGAUUAAAAUGAUGUGCAUUUAAUGUGACAACAGGCAGUGUAUUACAUUGAUACUAAUGGGAGCCAUGUAUUGAAGGGAGUAUAUGCUCCUGUAGGGGAUUGCAAAGUAUUUCUAAAUGUAUAUAUUUAUAGUUCUGUAUGUUCUUUAAGAAAUAGGAGAAAUCAGUUAUUGGAUUAUUUCUGGAAUGUCUUUGCUUUAGUAACAGUACUAAGAACAGAAAUGGUUGAGACAGAAGGGACAAGCUACAGUGAUUUAUUUUGUAACUACUAAACAAUCAUCCAACAAGCUGUGAUUUUUUUUUCCCUUUUAGUUAACUACUUGGAGUGUAGUCUCGCCCCACUGAAGUCAAUGGGGUCAAGACUUCUCCCCCAGAAGGCAACUUCACAUUUUUUAUGAGAUCUUUAUGGUAACAAUUGUCUAUGUAACAAAGGCCUUUUCAAUCAGCUAAGAAACAUAGCUAAGAAACAUUUAUUUCAGCAAAAGGCACUGUAGCCAGUCAGCAAUUUAUAGCUUAAAAAUUUUCUUCAAAGUAUUCGUAUUCCACUGAAUAUAAAAAGAAAAUAAUCAUAAGAUGACAGAAUUGUCAAGUAAGAUUUUAAGUUGUCUCAUGUCACAAAAUACCAGCUACCCAUUAGUGCCUAUGGAAAAAGAGUCCAAAAUACCAGCAGGCAUGCCAACCAACCACACAAAUCCAGGAAUGAUCUCUCAGGGCCAGAGGCUUAUCUGCUAGGAAGAUCUUAGUCUUAAAACAGAUUAUAUGGUAUAAAAAUAAUGCCAGGCUGGACUAUAUAGAAGGGGUGACAAAACAGCACAGCACACCUAUCCUACACUCAUGUUAGGCAAACCAACCUCGGAAGAAACUGGAAAUAUUAAGGAAGAGAUUGGGAUAUUUAUGCAACAGGUGUGCAUAGGGGGCAAUACAAAGUCAGAGGAAGAAAAGUGAGGAGGUUCCUGCUGAGUUCUAACAAACUGUUUUCCUAUGCACAAAAAUGUUCAUGAUUUCAAAAUUAUGUUCCGAUUUGGGAUAGGAAAAAGUUGAAUAUUGAAGAGUGUUCAAGAACCAAAAAUCCCCCCAGUAAAAUAAAUUUAAAAAAAAAUCAGUUCAGGUCAGCUGAAAUAUUUUGAUGAUUUCAAGAAGUUUUGACCAUUUAAAAACUAUAAUUAGCUGAAUGAGAAAAAGGUCAUUUCAAAUGGUAACACUGGAAUUUUUCCUUUCUAAAAGUUUAAAUGUUUCAUUUUGAUAUAUUUCAAGAAACAAAUUCUGAUUUUUUUCAAGUUGAGAAACUGACCCUUUCCCAUGAAAAGUUUAGGCUUUGAUGAAUCAGCACUUUCAGGCCAAAAAAAAGUUUUAAUUUUUCAAUUCUUCAACCAGCCCUACUUGUUAUGCCUCAGGCAAAGCUUCUCCUUGCCCCAGAGAUGUUAAUCUGCUGCCUCCAAUGCAUUGGUCGUAGUGUCCCUGUGCCCUCCAGAGUGCCGGGACUGCUAACGUAAGAGGCCAUUAGUUAACCACUCAAGGAGGGCAGAUUUCUUGCCCACGUAAAGCCCUGUGUCUUCCAUACUGUUUGCAAGUCAGCUUGUGUACUCCUGCUUUCUGCGGUUGUGCCAUAUAACUUAAAAGUUAGAGGACCAAAGUAGUGCAUUGAGACUAGAGAAAUAAUUUGGGGCCCAUACUAGUUACACAGGUACAAAGAAAUCCAUAUUCAUAGAACUGGUGCAGGCAUAAUGGAAAAGGAAGCUGUGAUCAUGUGGCAAGCUCCUCAUGUUCCACAGUACCACAGGAUCUCCUCCUGCAUUUGGAGUGCAAUGUGUCUGGGGCAAACUGCUGAGCUUAGAAUAGGAGCUGUACACUACAGUCACCUUUUAAAUGGCUGAUUCCCAUGAGGAAGUAAAAGAGUUUAUGCUGUUUGGACCAGCACUAACUCCCCUUCCAUGCCUUCUUCCUCCCCCAGAGGAGGGAGGAUAAGGCAGAAGUGAAGGAAUAGGAGCCUAUGGCUGCAUGGCUCCAGAGCACUAAGCCAAAGGUUGGGGAAGGACAGAAAGCAAUGUGGCAGAAGUACCUUGCUCCUUAGGUGGUUGCCCCAAGAUGCACAAUCUUGGAAUCUGCUUUCUUCAGGGGGUUGAAGACUGGAGUUUCCAGACCAUAGCACCUGUUAAAACGCUCCAUUCUUGAGAGAAAACAAGAAGAAGUGCCAUGAGAACUGUGUAUCAUAUUGUAUUCAAAUAGCUACAGGCCUCCUCAUUUUUUAGCAGCUAACUCAUAGUUAAGAGGCUAACUGAAUCAAGAUGAUCUUCAAAAUAAUUGCCACUGAGUUGCAGACAAGAUAUGAAAAAGUAAUAAUGGACCUCUAUGAAUACUGGUAAUUUGGAGAAGCCAUAUUAGACCUAUUUUUAAAAAAACAUUGCUGGAACAAUAUAAACAACAUUCAAGUAUUAUAUUAUAACAGCUAUUUUUUAAAAUAUACAACCAGACAUUUUUCUGUAACUAUAUUACAUUCAUUUAAAAAGUGACCGGUACAAUAUAAAAUUCAGAAAACUAAAAGUCUUACAACUGCUGUAGAAAUCAAGUCCAGUCACUUUAGCCUUUUACAGGCACUGAAUGUUAGUGCAGUGCUAGUUACAUACUCAAAAUGUAUACAAAAUUGUGGACUGCAAAGUAAGCGAAUUAAAAUCAAAAUUGCGGUGAAAGCCUAGUAUUGCAGGAUCUGCCAUAUCGCAAAGAAUGUGAGGCCUUACUAAGUUAAAUUCCUCAGUGUAGCAGCUUAGAAUAUGAUUAUAUGCCACACCUUGGCACAAAUGAAACCUAAACAAAGCAAACCUCGUGUUGAGUUACUUCCAAUAAGAAAACAUUAGUGUUCAUUGUUUCCUGAUGUUUCUAAGAUGAUGGGGGCAAAAAUAAAAUAUAGUCCUUUUUAUUUAUAAAAGUUACCUAUUCAAAGGCAUAUUUAAACUAACUCAUUGCUUUCACCAUAUUGUAUCUUCAAGAAACCUUGACAGCAGGCACGAGUUUUUUAAAUGGAUUGGUGAAAGUCACAAACAAAUUGAGAUUCCCCCCCUCUUUUGUCCUAGAUCAGCUGUAUAUAGUCUCUCUGAAUUCUCUGACAUGUUUGCCCUCUCUUAGCUCUCUGCUUCUCUCUUUGGUAAUUUGUGAAGCACUUUUCUUAUAGGCUGCUUUAUGAAAAGUCCAGUUUAAAACCCUAGAUAAGCUUCUGUUUAAGCAAUUCGGAUAUGCACUUUAGACUGCAGGAAUGAAGAAAUGCUUCCACUUUGUACCACGGUAAAUUCCAGAACUACCAUUAGGUAAUAUAGUUGAAACCAAAAUUCAGAGUAAAAACUCAUACACAGUUUAGAACAGCUAAAGAUAAAAAGUCUUCUUUAACCCUAGAAGGAUUCAAGUGUAUUCUUUCUAGCAAUAAUUUUGUAUUAGAUGAAAAUAAGUUCAUAUGAUAAUCAAGCCCAAUUAAACUUGUUGGAUGCAAAAAAGUGGUGCACUUAGUUUUACAUUUAGCACUUAUUGUCCCUUUAUGUGUAAAUUCUGCUGUCAUGUAGACUAUUGUAGGAGUUAAUCUGAUCUAACAGAGCAGAAUUUGGCCUUAGACCUCUAAACUGCUGAUCUAAUGAAUUCUUACAAUACCUCUAUAAAUUAGCAAAGUAUUUCUAUCUACAAGAUGGUACAUGAUUAUUUAUAAGACAAUUAUGUCAGACAAGUGUAAUUUUUUUUUAAAAGGCUAACAUGAAAAUCUUUAAAAAAAUCACAAAUUAAACUGCUUGUUAGCAAGAAGUAGAUUUUUCUUUUUGCAAUGGUUAUAGAAAUGGUGCAUUCAGGCAACAUGUUACAUACAGUCGUUCCUGAAUUAUCAUCAGUUUGACAGGUUUGUGAAAGCAGGUUAGAUUGCUAGAAGCAACAGGUGUAAUACUAGAAGAGUGUCAGCUCAUCCUGCAUUCUUGACAUGCUUGAAUAUUAUUGCACUUCUUCACUUUCAUCUUUGUGAAAUAUGCAAGAGACAUUUCUUACAUUUGUAAUUUAAAAUAUAUGAUAGAAUGAAGUUAAUAGAUAAAUGGACUAAAGUAAAUAUUGACAUUCCAUAGAUAUGUAAUUGUGAGUUGUAUAUGAAGAAAUGGUGCCAUAAGCUUUCAACAUAAAAUUUUAUUAUAUAUAGUAGCUUGUGUGAUAGUGAUCCAAGCUUUUUUAAGAGGCUAAAUAUAUAUUAAUAUGAGUGUAUUAAUUACUUGUCUGAUUUUUAAACAUAUCUUCCUAUGAAUUCUGUCUAAAAAGACAAUGGCAGUUUUUAUUUAGAAGUAUUUCUUUUUAGAAAAAUUCUAUAAAAAGUGGCAUGCAUGAAUUUAAUUAAAUUCCUUUG